CACCUCCUAUGCUGUAUCUCAGCUGUGGAUACCACCAAAACCACCUGAUUUAACCUUUAUGAAUCUAGAUGAGACACCAACCCAACCUUCUUUUAAACAAAAACUAAUUACCCCCUUUUCCUGCACUGUUGGGUCAAGAAACGCGGAUACAGUGUUCUGUACCAAAGAGUUGCAGAUGGAGAAAGAUUCAGGUGACGAACUUAACGAUGAUAACACCAUACCAUUAUCCCUGGAAGACAAGAACAGACUGUACCUCCCUUGGAAAUUUUCAGUUAUUAUCAAAUUAUUCGGAAAACGAAUGAGCCACCAAUAUCUUAAAUCAAAAUUGAAAGAUCUGUGGAAGGUUUCAGAAGAGUUAUUGUUAAUCGAUUCAAGAUUUGACUACUUCAUAGUCAAAUUUCUCAAGGAAGAAAGUAUGCAAAAAGCACUUCACAACGGGCCUUGGUUUAUCAAUGGUUUCUUUCUGUCAAUUAAAAAGUGGCAUCCAAAUUUUGUUGCCUCUGAGGCAGAAGUCACCUCCUUGACUAUUUGGGUCCGUUUACCAGAACUCCCUACUGAGUUCUAUGACACAAUUAUCUUAUCUAAGAUUGGAAGCAAGUUGGGUCGUCUUCUUAAAAUUGAUACUUGUACAUCUGCAACUUUAAGGGGCAGAUAUGCUCGUAUUUGUGUUGAGGUCCCAAUUGGAAUACCAGUCAAAACACACAUCACUAUCGGAAGGCACAAACAUAAUCUUUUCUAUGAAGGAGCAGAUAUUUUAUGUAAAACAUGUGGCAGAUUAGGGCAUAUUCAUCUUAAUUGUGCCUAUAAGACAACAACUUCACCAACGGAGAUCGAGUAGGAACGAAGCACUAAACCUCAACAUGGUAGGGGGAACCCAAACCCCACCACUUAUUUACAACGAGGAUGACACCUGACAAACUGUUGUUUUCCCCCGACGAAGAAAUAGAAGUAGCUCUAAAGCGACGGCUCCCGGUCUCCCACUACCGGUGAGAAAAGAAACGGAACAAGGAUACUAAGACAACGGCUAGGAGAUCCGGAAUUAAGACACUGUUUUCGGGAGCAAAACAAAGUGGAUGACUUGCUAGCUAAGGAAGGACUGAAAAUUGAAAAAAUUGGUGGUCCUACUGUUUUAGUACUACCACCAUCUACUAUUUUGCCUAGUCUUAUGUUGGAUAUUUCUGGAGCUACAUAUCGUAGAUCUAUCUCUAGUGAUGUUUCUAAUGUUUUGGCUAACCUUGGCAACUUUGAUGCUCAGGUUGUACGAACAAUAUUUAAAUUUAUAUAUUAGCUUCUCUUUUGACAAAAAAAAAAAAAAAAGACAGGCGGAUUUACAAGCUAGAUUAUGGGGCACGUGAAUCCAUGGUCUCUCCGCCAAACUGCUUAUUCUAUGUAUGAAUGUAUUUUCUGGAAUUGGUCCAACAUUAUUUGUUGGCACUCAUGCUCCAAAAAGGCUAAAUGGUGCACUUGGUUGAAUACUGAGUUAUUUAUCCAAAAGUUUACUUA